CUUUUUCCUUCAUUUGGAACAGGACCUGUUUACACUGGGCAUGCAAACGCAACCACGGUCAGGUGGUCUCUUACCUGCUGAAGUCAGGAGCUGACAAAGAGAUCCUGACCACCAAAGGGGAAAUGCCAGUACAGUUGACAUCGAGGCGAGAGAUCAGGAAGAUCAUGGGAGCGGAAGAGGAGGAUGAAGACGACAGCCUUCCCCAUCAGAAGGAGUCAGAACUGCCCUUUGUUCCCAACUACUUGGCCAACCCGCCCUUCCCCUUCAUCUAUACCGCUUCGGCAGAAGAGCCAGCCCCGCUGCAGAAUGGGGGCCCCUCCACCCCUCCAGUCUCCUGUCCUGAGGACAGCUCCCCUCCGAUGCUGCCCCCAGGGGAACCUCCCCUGCUAGGGGCCUUUCCUCGGGACCACACUUCUUUGGCUCUGGUGCAGAACGGUGACAUGUCUGCCCCUUCUGCCAUCCUAAGAGCACCAGAAAGCACAAAACCAGGGCCUGUUUGUCAGCCACCUGUGAGUCAGAGCCGCUCCCUCUUCUCCUCUGUCCCAUCCAAGCCACCCAUGGCUCUGGAGCCUCAGAACGGGACAUUGCCAGGACCGGCGCCAGCCUUCCAGCCGUUUUUCUUCACUGGAGCAUUUCCAUUCAACAUGCAAGAGCUGGUUCUUAAGGUGAGGAUUCAGAACCCAUCCCUGCGCGAAAACGAUUUCAUUGAAAUUGAACUGGACCGACAGGAGCUCACUUACCAGGAGCUGCUCAGAGUGAGCUGCUGCGAGCUGGGCGUCAGUCCAGACCAAGUGGAAAAGAUCAGAAAGCUCCCCAAUACUCUGCUGAGAAAGGACAAAGAUGUUGCUCGACUCCAGGAUUUCCAGGAGCUGGAACUGGUUCUAAUGAUAACCCACUUCUGUCUCGUCUCUGCAUCUUCUCCCCAUCACCGUCACUAGAGGGCUCUCGGGCGCUUUCCGAAGGAGCCACCGCUGCCCACCCCUGAGGAGACUCCUGUCACUGACCGCCUGCCUGCACCGCCGAGGAGAGCACAAUCGCUGCGGGCUUGCUCCCCACCCUCAUCUCUCACUAGGAGGGAAAAGCAGUUUUUGAGCUUGAAUCUGUUGCUAUUUUAAAGGUUAUUGUGGGAAACUGAGCUAAAGGAGUUAGCAUCUUUAUUUUUGUAUCAAAGAUAAAGGUUAUUUUGAAAUUAUUAGGGUUUUUACACAGCUCUGGAAUCUGUUGCUUUUGUAAGCCAAUUGUUUGAUCUUAGGGACUCCCCUCCACUCCCCCAGCAGUCCACUCAACAAGACGAGUUGUGAGUCUACCAGACCUAAACGAGGGCAGGAGCAAAUGUCCUGCCAAACUCUUAAGCAUGGUGUAAGAAUUUUUGUCAAGAAUGCAUUCAAGGAUUCUCUCCCCUUUUUUCAGUGUCAUUCACAUUACAGGAGAAGCCAGUAUCUUGCUGAAAGCAACUGCUUAGCCUUAGAGCUAGGAGCCCAGACAGAUGCCCGGGAGAGCAGAUCAGAGCCUGCUGAGGAGAAGCAGCCCUGCUGUCUUAAGGAGCUCUCCCCAUAGUGCCUAUCGUUUCCAAAGAAAUGGAACUCCCUGUUAACUUUAUUAGAAUACCGCAGUUAGCAAGAACACGCGGAAGGUGUCACAGAGGAGACUGCUGUGCUGAGGUGGUGGCCUCCUGCUGCUGCCUCAGUGUCGCCUGAAGGCUGAGGUGCUGCCCCAGGCCAAUUGCUCCAGUCACUCCAUGUAGUGACUUAAUUGUGUUCCACCCCACUGGCUCCUGCUGGUGACUCACCCUGGGAGUGUUUGCCUCCCGGAGUGAAGGUCAAUUGUCACCCUGUCCUCUCCAGGAAGAACCCUCCCCUGUGUCCUGUCCAAUCAGAAAUUACUGAGGGGCCAGGGAGAUGGCUCAGUGGAAUAAAGCGCUUCCCUGGCAAGCGCAAGGACC